UGCGCGUGGAGCUCCAAGGUGAGUCAACAUGUGGAAACUGGUCCAGGUGUCGCUCCGCAGGGCCGCGGGGACAGGUGUCUGGCUCCCCGGUCCCCGGUUCUCCGGUCCACGGCUCACAGCACCGGGAGCACCGGGUCUACCAUCACAACCCUGCCGGCUGCUCAGCACCAGAACCAGAACCGGAGCAUCCCGGAGCUGCACAGUGGACCCGAACCUGGAGGAACAGUUCGUGUUCCUGGACUGUUCAGACGACCAGGAGGGCAAAGACCCGGCUCUGCACCAGAACCCUGAACAGCAGCAGCAGCAGAUCCUCCAGCAGCAGCAGAUCCUCCAUCAGAACCCUGAACAACAGCAGAUCUUCCAGCAACAGAUCCCUCAGCAGCAGCAGCAGAACCCUCAUCAGAACCCUCAUCAGAUCCCUGAACAGAUCCUCCUCCAGCAGCAGCAGAUCCUCCAGCAGCAGAACCCUGAUCAGAUCUCUCCAGUGAAGCAGCUCAGGUCUCUGGAGCGCCAGCUGCAGGUUCUGGGGGGGCUGCAGCAUCAACAGGACUCUUCUCCGGACUCUUACAUCCAGUUUGAUGACGUGGACUUCCCGCUGGACUCGGGCCUGGUGAAGUCUCAGAGGAAGAGGAAGGUGAAGAAGGGCGAGCACAAGAUCUUUGGGACUCCAGAUGUGGAUGAACAGGUGAGUGAUACCUGCUGCUCCGGCUGCGGUGCCGUCCUGCACUGCACCGCUCCGGCGGUCCCGGGUUACCUGCCCAGUGAGAAGUACAAGGUUCUGCAGCAGGAGCAGCGUCUGAGCAGCUCCACCUGCCAGCGCUGCUACCUGCUGACUCACCACCAGAGGGCGCUCAACCUGCAGCUGUCUCACGACCAGUACCGGGCCGUGGUGCGGCAGGUCCGGCCCCUGAAGGCUCUGGUGCUGCUCAUCGUGGACCUGCUGGACGUCCCAGACUCCAUCGUCCCGGACCUGCCGGAGCUGGUGGGCUCCAACAAACACGUGGUCGUCCUCGGCAACAAGAUCGACCUGCUGCCGGCCGACUCGCCCAACUACCUGCAGCGGAUCAAACGUCAGCUGACCCGGUACUGCCGGGACGCCGGGUUCGGAGAGCAGGUGAGCGACGUGCACCUGAUCAGCGCUAAGACGGGCUUCGGUAUCGAGGGUCUGAUCUCCAGCCUGCAGAGAAGCUGGAAGUAUAAAGGUGAUGUUUACCUGGUGGGAAGCGCCAACGCAGGAAAAUCUACUCUGUUCAACACGUUGCUGCUUUCUGACUACUGUAAAACUAAAUCACCUGACGUCAUCAGCAAGGCUACUAUCUCCCCCUGGCCUGGGACGACUCUGAACCUGCUGAAGUUUCCGAUCAUCAACCCGACUCCUCAGCGGAUGUUCCGGCGGCAGGAACGUCUGAACGAAGCGUCGCAGCAGACGGAGGAAGAGCUGCAGCCGGAGGAGCUGAAGAGGCUGCAGCAGCUCAGCAGGCAGGGGUACCUAGUGGGUCGGGUGGGCAGAACCUUCCAGACUGAAUCCUCCAUCAGAAGUGAUGAGAUUGAGUUUGACGUUGAUCGUUUGUCUUUUGGAGACGACGAGGACGGAGACACGAGGACCCCGUCAGCUCCCAGCAGGUCACCUGUUGAGUUCACCUACAACGAGCUGAAGGAUGCUCAUUGGCUGUUUGAUACACCGGGAAUCAUGAAGGAGCACGAUCUGCUCGGCCUCCUCAGUGAACAGGAAGUGAAGUCAGUGGUUCCGACUCACGCCAUCGUCCCCAGAACCUUCGUCCUGAAGCCCGAAACCAGUUUGUUAGUGGGAGCUGUGGCCCGCAUCGAUUACCUGCAGGGGGAGCAGUCCUGCUGGUUUUCGGUCGUGGCCUCCGGUCGGGUUCCGGUUCACGUCACCAGUUUGGAAAAAGCCGACGCCGUCUACGAGAAACACGCAGGAGACGUUCUGCUGGGGGUUCCUCUCGGAGGGUCGGAGAGGAUGAAGGAGUUUCCAUCGCUGCUUCCUCAGGACUUCAAGCUGGAGGGUCGAGGUCACCUGGAGGCCGCUGCUGACAUCACACUGUCAUCUGCAGGUUGGGUGGCAGUGACGGGGGUGGAGGGAGACCAGCUGCUGCUGAGGGUUCACGGUCCGGAGGCAGCAGGUUACAGUGUGAGGACGCCGCCGCUGCUUCCUCACAUCGUGUCUCUGAAGGGACAACGGAUCCCAAAAUCUGCCGCCUACAAAACCGUGAAGCCGGCGGGACGACUGGAGGACGGGAUGUCUGCCAACGGGGCCGAGAGACUGCAGGUGAAGAAGAAGAAGAAGAAGAAAUGAUCCUCCUGGUCCUGUUCUCCGUCCGUCUGUCCUCCGUCUGUCUGUCCUCCGUCUGUCUGUCCUCCGUCUGUCUGUCCUCCGUCUGUCCUCCAUCUGUCCUCCGUCUGUCCUCCGUCUGUCCUCCGUCUGUCCUCCAUCUGUCUGUCCUCCGUCUGUCCUCCGUCUGUCGGUCCUCCGUCUGUCCUCCGUCUGUCUGUCCUCCCUCUGUCUGUCCUCCGUCUGUCUGUCCUCCGUCUGUCCUCCGUCUGUCCUCUCUUUCUGUCCAAACAGGAAGUGAUCACCUGAUGUCUCCGUCGUAUUUAAGACUCGUUACUGUGGACGAGCGUCUGUGUGUUGACGCAGCGUCUCUGAAACAGCUUUUUCUUUUUUAUACUUUAAACUUUAAGAAAUAUUUUUUGGCACUGAAGCAAACAGGAAGCUCUGAUAUGAACAUUAUGGGAUCUGGCUGAUAUCGAUCUAUUGGCCGAUAAUGUUUCUGUACAGAAUAUAAACAUGAACCCUGGUUAAGAGAUGUAAUAAUGGAUAUAUUACAAUUUAUUAAUAAACUUUAUUGUAUAAAAUGAAA